CAAGGCCAACCCAAGGACUCGUGCUUCCACAGCGAAAAAGAGGAAGGGCCUUGAGGUCAGUGCUCCAAGCUCAGGAGGGUUCUCCUAUGACGAUCUCAGCUUUACCGAUUCCUUAGAGCCGAUGACAUCCUUCCUUAACAAGGGCCUCCAGCAUUUGCUCCACUUGUACAACGAUGCAUGUGGUACUGUCGCCCUCCAUGAAGCCAGGAUUAAGCAGCUCGAAACCACUGUUGCCGACCAAGGUGCCAUUGCCGAGGCAAAGAGCCGGCACUAUGAGGAUAAGCUGAAAAAGGUCACCCAGGAUGCUGAGCUCAAAUUGGCCACCAUGCAAAUGGAUCACGAUCAGGCCAUGAUCAAUUUCCGGGAAGGAAUCAAGACUUCCGCUAUUGUCUCCCUGUUACAAGCACGCAUCAAGAUGGCCUAUGAGGCCAAGGAGACAGGUCUUGUUUGUCCAUCCUGGCCAAUUGAAUCCUGGGUAGCCAAGCUGAAGGAGCUCGGAGGCAAGGCUGUGCCACUCCCAUCUGAAGCCGAUCAAGUACAAAAAACAAAACCCUAUCGUGUUAUCCCUUCUUCUCCGGUGAAUAACAGCCGGCUACCUCCGUCCGUUGUACCUCCGACAACCACCCUUGCUCACUGCCGUCGAUUGUUGCCCACACCCGUCGCUCACCGCCGGCGACCACCGAUCACCACCACCAUCGUCGACUGCCGGCGGCAGACCACGCGAGGUGUAUUGUGGUUAAAGAAGCAAGUUGAGAAUGUGAUGCAGAUGGUGAUUGAUGGCUGCUCUGUCGAAAUUGUGGCGGUUGUGAACGAUGGACUUGACGAUGGCGGUAGUAGACGGUGA